UUGAUCACGUGAUAUAGAGAUAGCGACAUACAAACCUCCUCCUCCUCCUGUUAUCCCCUUGAAGAAAAACUAAACUGUUCACACUUAUUAUAUCACUUCUAUCGAACCACAAACGCCUCAUGGAUCCUCCGUCCACCUACCUUCCGAAACCCCCAGUCCCCUAUGUCGAGGGCUGGGUAUUCACCGCCCACUCACACAUUCCUCCCCCGCCUACACGAGUAACCAAAGACUAUUGCCGCAACUUUCAAACUGGUAGAGCAGAGAGAAGACAACUUCUCUCAGUUGAGCAGUGCUUGCGGCAUCCUCCAUUACCAGGAAGCAUAGGAUCAUGCACCGUCGACUUGAAGAUUCUAAAUUUAUUGAGGGUCGGGGAUGGUUGCAAUGCCCAAGUUUUCACUGUUAAGGUUCUCAAAACUAGACCUAAUCCUCGAUGCUUCCAAUCAACUAGAAAAUUGGUUGCUGAAAUAUACGACCCUCUUUAUUUCAAUGAUGAAGAAGGAUUUAUUAAUCCUUUUCUUUGUGUGGACAAACACUAUACCCAUGAAACCCACGCGUAUGGUGUUCUGUCUAAGUUACAGGGAGAACAAGUACCCAGGUUCUACAGGUCAUAUUCAUUAUUGAAUAUUCCUGUUGAGCAGUCUGAAAUCCGGACAGUUCGGCUUAUUCUAGUGGACUAUAUACCAGGGAUAUGA